CCACCUCACCAUGACAACCCUGAGGAAGGAGAACCUCCACCUCCAUCUUCCCGCGGUGCUGGUGUUGACAUGAGGUGUUCGGUCCUUGGAUGGAGGCAGGUUCCUCUCCGGCUCCUGGUGUGAGGUGUUUCUCCUCCUGAACAACAACAUGGCUCCUCUGCAGCAGCAUCCUCCUCCUCCUCCUCCUCCUCCAGCUCCUCCUCGGCUGCUCCUGCUCCUCCUGCUCGCCUCCGCCCUGCUCCUCUCCUCCGUGCCCGUCACCGACAGCCGCUCCUCGCCCAUCGCCGACCUGAAGUCGCAGAUCUCCGGCGUGGAGGAGCUGCUGGAGGAGUUCCGCAAGCAGCUGCAGCAUCAGGACCAAGAGGCCGACGGCGGAGGCUCCUGCUCCGGCCGCUUCAGCGCCGUCGGGGGGCAGAUCAUCCGGACCAAGGCCUCCAUCGAGCAGGGGGCCCGGUUCCUGCAGGCCCCGGAGCGGGUGCUCAGCGGGGGGUCGUGCCUGCAGGCCUGCUGCUCCCAGCCGCACUGCUCCGUGGCCGUGGUGCAGGAGGAGCCGAGGAACCCAGGAGACAGUCUGAGCUGCUACCUGUUCAACUGCACCUACCGGGGGAGAAGCGUGUGCUCCUUCGCUCCGCAGCCGGGGUUCAGCACCUACACCCGGGGACACAACGCCACCGGUGCUCCGGGACCCCUCCAUGCCCCGGCCGGGGGUCCAGCCGGGGGUCCAGCCGGGAGGAGGCCCGGGGAGGGACCGGCCGAGGAGGACGAGGCACCAGACGUGGACGAGCCUCCUCGCAGCGACGCCGGCCAGGACGUGGUCAUCCAGCUGCCCACGGACUGGGCCGUGCUGGACGGGCGGGACAGCGUGGACGACCGCGGCAUCAACCACUACGAGUGGACUCUGGUCAAAGGAGAAACAGGCAUCAGCAUGAAGGCGACGCACCCGGGGCUCCUGAAGGUCAGCGGCCUGCAGGAGGGCGUGUACGCCUUCCAGAUGACCAUCACCGACACCGGGGGUCAGAAGAGCUCCGACAACGUCUCGGUCACUGUGCUGGCGCCCAAGCACCAAGCAGAAGUUUGCACCGGUCACUGUUCAAACUACCAGUUCAGGUGCGAUGACGGCUGCUGUAUCGACAUCACCUACGCCUGCGAUGGGAAGCAACACUGUCCAGAUCGCUCAGACGAAGACUUCUGCCCAAACUUUGACAGCAGCAGGAAGACGGUGUCCCACCCUGUGGACCUGCCCAGCCCGCGUGGGUCUGGAGCCCGGACGGAGGAGGCUGAGUCUGGGUCCAGGCUCCAGGACGGGACCAGGGACCACGUGGAGACCAUCGUGUCACCUGAGGACAGAACCAAGACCGCGCCUCCUCAGAGUCCCGGUCAGCAGAGGACUUCAGUCAGUCAAGAUCCCUGUGCUGCCGCCCCGGUGGUGGGACCCUGUAAAGGCACCUUCCCUCGCUGGUUCUACGACCAAAACGCCGGCGAAUGCAAACACUUCCUGUACGGCGGCUGCCAGGGCAACCAUAACAACUUCCUGCAGGAAUCAGACUGCAUCAGUGAAUGUAUACAAAAGAGUCCAGUUUUCAAACCUGCAACCGUGGCUCCUCCCAUCACCAAACAGACAGAGAUAGCUGCACCUAAAGUGUCCCAGAGCCAAGCAGAGAGCGACGCCCCCAUCUCCAAACCCUUCCCAGCGAUGGGAGGACAUCCUGUCCCGGAGUCAGGUGCAAUCCUGCCUCUGGCUCUCGGGCUCCUCAUCACUGCUCUGCUGCUGCUCAUGAUCGGCUGCCGCCUCAAACUCGUUCGCCACAAGCUGAAGAAAACCCGGCCCCUGACCACAGAGGAGUCGGAUUACCUCAUCAACGGCAUGUACCUGUAGCCAAGCAAACCCGGGGCAGCGAGUAUGAAGAUCUGACGAAUGAGAAAAUCGUUGAGGAUGUCGUCGUCACAACACGUAGAGCCGACGCCAGGACUUUUUGAAAUUUGCACUCUGAAUGUCUCGUCCCUUAUUUGUCGUCACGUCAGGAAGGAAACAGCCCGACUCUCUGGUGUCAUGAACGUUUUCCCUACAUUUGAACGGCUGAAUCUGCUGCUGCUGUCGGAACCGAUGACACAGAGUCGGACGCUGGAGAGUUCACACUGCUGCUCAAUCCACCAUGAAGGAGAAGGGAACUCUGUAGAAUGUGUACCUCCGCCUAACAGUCUCCUUAAAUUAAAAUAAGCUGAACCAAAUUACACACACUCAUAUAUAUUAAGCCCCCUGAAGCGAACGCCAUCUGAUCCAGAUCCACACCAACAUUCAUUGGGUUCCUCCCUGACCCAUAUCACAUCCUCCCACCAAAUAUUGUGGUAAUCUGACAAGCGCAGACAAAAUCAUAACUUUUCCUGGCAGGGGUAAAUAUCAACAUUCCUAUUUCAACGCCUGUACACUGAUAUAUAUAUAUAUAUGUAAACAUAUGAUUGGAUUACCCCCUUUAUUAAAAAUAUACCUAAUCCACAAAUUAGCUAAUUUAAUAUUUUAAAUUCUGUAGAUUUGACCUGGGGACAGAAGUGUUAAUACUCUGGAGUGCCUGAUGUUGAGUUAUUCUUUAAAUAUCCCAGAACAGUAGUAACCAUAGUGAUUUCUGUCCUGUCCCACUCCCGCCUGGAUCUGUUGCACACGUCUUCAUCAAGCAAAAAUUUCUGUGUGGAGUCUGUGACUGUAUUUGUGCAAUGUUUCCUCUAAGUGCUGUCUUACAUGUCAGAUAUUAAAGUUUAUUAUAUAUCGAACAAUA